AUGAACGCGGCUGUGGCCGCGGAGGCAAACGCACCGCUCAGGAUUGAAUUUGACAGCAACGUAGAGUUGACUAUACUUGGAGCUUUUCUUCCAACUGCACGGCUGCUGCAUUGUGACCCAGUGGCGCAGCUGAGUGUGUCAACGCUGCGCAAGACAAUGCCUCUUCAUGGCAUGUCUGCGGGAGGCAAGGUGGUGGCUACGAGUGUGGUUGCAACUGAGCAUCGUGUCGCCUCCACGCGGCGGCAGUACUUCACCUCAAAACCAACUUUCAAUGAGACGUUGCGAUUCUCGGUGCCAGGCGCGAAAGCUCACUGCCCGGACGGAAAGAGAUCACUGUUCGCGGCGCAAAAACAGACGGAAUUAACGACGGACACGGUCGAGGGUGAGCAAGGCGUGGAGCAGCGCGUUCUUGUCACACUGGAGGAUGCGCAGGGUGAGGCUUACGGCCAGGCGGUGUGUCCAUUUAUGCUGCAUGCUCCAAGCAGGUCCACGCAACCGGUACGUCUCAUGCUGCAGCCCCGCAACGCCCACGACAAGCUUGAUCCGUUGUUUAAAAAGGAUGUGGCGAACCUUUUGAAACAUGGCGUGGAUGACUUUGGCUUUGUGACCGUUUCGUGGAACGUUUCACUCUCCCCGCACGGAGGCGCCCUCAUCACUGCGUCACCAGAGUCUGUGAAUCAACCAACGUUCCCCGUGGGACUAGUGCUUCGCGCGACGUGGCUUGUUCCGGGCCACACGUACCAGCGUGGCACCCAGUACUCUACCUCCGUGGAGUUUGGGGGACAGGAUCGUUUUCUCUUUGAUGGCACGAAUCCGUUAUUUCUCACAAUACAGAACCCAACUCAGCUUGAGCGAGCAAUUAUUCAUUGCACCAUUCAAAACGCGAUGAACCACACCAACGCCUCCGACGUGGCAGUGGCGCUGCCGAUACAACCCAUGGCCUCAUUCGCCAUGGAGCGCGAUGUGUGGUGGACGGCUGCCGUGCGCACGGCCCUCGGGAGAGACAUGGGGCUUCUUCUUGCUUGCAUCCGAUUGGUGCGCCAGCCACUGGGAGGUGAAACGCCGUUGUGUGCAGAGGAGCACUGUAGCCUCAUUAAUGAUCCAGUGCAUCAGGCGCAGUACGCACAUGUCGCGAGGGAUUGGGGUCGGCCGCCACCCGAUGUACCACCUGGGGCCUAUCAACCGAUUUUCUGGGAGUCCGAUCAGCAUAUCACGCGGGCGACAGAACGGCGAUGGAGGCGAGACUGUAUUGUGGAGGCGAAUCCUUCCAUGGAGCAUGUGCGGCAUUUGUUGGAUGUAAUGAUGGGGCACGCUGCACUUGAUCCUGGUGUGGCGCGUGUUUUAUCCGUGUUCUUUAACCAGGCAGGACCUGGUUUUUCUCCACAUGAGCUGAGGCAGUUUCUUAUCACGUGCACGUUUCAUGUGACGGGUAUGACACCGCUGGAGGCGGCGCGCUUUUGUUUCUUUGCACUUCGUCGCGGCAUGGAACAAGCCAUUGCACGAGAUGACGUGAUUUUUAUGCUUGAACACGCGCUUAUUGGGCGUACCAUUGAGAUGCCAGAGAUGGAGUUGCGGCGCCGCGUGGUAGACAUCUUUGGCGACACGACGUAUGUCAUCUUUGAAGACUUUCUGCGGUACUUUAUUCACAAUUAUGCGAUGUGGUACGCCUUCGGGGUGCCCAUCACGGUGAGUGAAGAACGCCCGGGGCGUGGCAGUGAUGGGGUCUCGUCCCCCGCACCGCAGCCCACGCCGACGUCAGCGCUGCUCAAGGCGGACGGGCCCAACGCGAAGACCCGUGCGGUACCCACAGCGAUUACUGUUAAUAAUAGUAACAAAGCUGCUGCGGCCGCGGUGGUGGGACAGGCAGCCGCAACAACGGCAAACACAAAGGCGGCGGCAGCACAUGAUGAGGGAGUUUGGCGCACAUUUAUCGCCCGCGUCCAGCACAGCAACAAGGCGUUCAGUGUUACGGCGCAUGUGAAUGACACCAUCUCUGACGUGAUGCUGAUGGUACAGAACAGCACAGGUAUUCGUGCGGCAUGCCAGGAGUGGCGGGCAGGGGGCGUGCUCCUGGACCCAAAGUGCAGGUUGGAGACCACCGAACUCGGCCUCGGGAAGAGUGAAAUUGGCGCACCGGAAGUAACCAUCAUCGCGCGGGAUGAAGUCGCACGCCUCGUGAUGCUGUACAAGGACAAGAGUUUUCGCUGGGAGGUGCGCAUGCCGGCCACUGAGAAGGUUCUCAAACUUCGUGCUCUGGUGCAACAGAAGACCAUGAUACCUCUGACACGAUGUGUGUUGCGGGCCCACGGCACGUGUCUGUUGGAUCGACAUCCUUUGGCGCACUACAACCUCCAGGACGGCGAUGUUGUCAGCAUCACGCAGGAGUAA